AUGGCAUUAAUCGGCUGCAACUCAAAUUUCCUUCUAUCGAAGAUGUGCGCUAUUUUCAUAUUUUCAGUCUUCGGUUACGACCGUGAGCAGUUUACUUACACUCAGCUGCCUGUAAUCGUGAGUCACAUACUUGUCAGCCUUUCGACUAAGACAGUGGAGCACAUAACGCAGGAAAUCCAAUCGGGCAAGUUUCGUCGAUACGACUACGGUGCCACGAAAAAUCUCUUAAUCUAUAAUUCGAUAGAACCGCCGGAUUACGAUUUAUCGAGUGUUAAGGUGCCGAUCGCGAUAUUCUAUGCCAACAACGACUUCCUGGUCGAUCCCAUUUCGAUAAUGCAAGUUUUAUUCCAUGGCGAAAUAUUUCCGCAAGAUGUUUAUAACACAUUAAUGACGUUAAUCGGCCGCAACCUGAAUUUUAUCAAGCGGAAUAUUGCGCCAAUAAUUUCAUAUUUGCGCUCUACGGUAGCGACCCAGAGCAGUUUAAUUAUUCACCUGCCUGCCGCCUCGCUUAAGACGGUGGUGCACUUCGUUCAAAGAAUGCAAUCGUGCAAGUUUCGUCAAUAUGAUUACGGUGCCAUGAAAAAUCUCAUAAUGUACAAGUCGGUGGAACCUCCAGAGUACAAUUUAUCAAAUAUCGCACUACCGAUGGCGAUAUAUUACGGCAACAACGACUUGAUGGUAGCUCCCAUUAUAAAAUUGCAUAUAAAGAAUCAGGAAGUUAGCUUAAAAGAGAAAUUAUCGAGCACAUGA